GAAUUCUUUGAAUCAUAGAAUAAACUCCCCGCGUCAAUAGUUAACUGUCAGGACACUGUAUCUUUGAACAUCUCCAUACUUCCCGCAAUCGUCCAACAUUACUCUUGAUCUAUCUACACACAUUUUUUGGUCUUUUGUUAUUCAUUUUCUUCUCUUGCUGUGUUUUAUCCUGUGUAUUCUGCAUGCACCUUUGGCUUCCUUUCCUUGUCUUCACGCUGCUUCCUGUAUUCUCUUUUACCCUUUCCUGAAAAAUUGUGCACCAAAGCAGUGUAUGUAAUAAAUUUAUCAUUAUUAUUAUUAUUGUUGUUUCAAGUUCGAGAUGUUACACUUCCAACAACCUUUUUAACGAAAAUCUACAAACGCUGAAUUCCCACAGGUUUCACAAACUUCGAAAAGCCAUCAUUAUUUUGCUGUAACCUGGGAUUAGUAAAUUCAGAAAGGGAGAGAUUUAUAGGAAGACAAUUUGUUUAAACAGACUGUUGAAUGAUGGUAUCAAAAUGGCGUUGAUUGCUAUUGUUGUUUCUACGUUGAUUGUGACGUCAUACUUGCUGCUGCUUAAAUCUUAUAAUCAGAAUUUCGUUGUUAUGGGAAAAUUAAAGCGAAUUUAUGUCACUUAGAAAAUGUCAGCUUUGAACUCGUGAAAUAGUAAGGUGUUGGAAUUUAAAUAUCCAUCUGAAAUUGAUCAUUACCCAGUAAUAUGCCAAAUUUCUUGGAUCAUUAUGCUGGUCCCUACCCUAUUCAUCAGCUGGUCGCUGCUCAAAGAACUCUCAUUUAUGGCUUCAACAACAAGAGUUCUAAAAUAUUUGAUCGUAUCUAUAAAGUGAUGCUCAGAGAAAAUUGUAGAAGCGCUGCACCACUAAACAAUGAAGUAUAUUCUUCUGAUGGAUUUCAAUACACUUUGAGUAGCUCCUCACAGCCAGAGCAAAAGAGAAAGGCACCGGUAGACGAUGAUUCUUCCUUAUCAAUCAACAUUGACCAUCAAGAUCCGCCUGCCAAAAACAUAAAAUUAAAAAAGUCUAAGGCUUUAGAAAAUAACAGUCUACAGAUAGAAAGUUCCAAACUACUUGUCUGCUACAAAUGUGAUUAUUGUGACUUUGUCUCUGCAGACAGAACAGAAUCGUUGCAACAUUUGAAAGAUGAGGUGCAUAAAAGCUGCAGCAAGUGUAAAGCUAUGUUCUAUAAAAAGAAACUCAAAGCGGAUUCUGUUAUAACUGAGAUGGCUAUUAAAAAUGAAGGUAAAGAAUUCUACUCUAAACUAGCUACAUGUUCAAAAUGUUUUACUGUGUUUCCGGAUAUAUAUUCAUGUUCCAAUCAUUUUGUAAGAUUGCACAAUGAAAAGAGUCUGCCUUGUUACGCGAUAUCUGAUGUUGUUGACUACAAAAAGGUCCUGAUUCCUGGAGACAGUGUUUGCCAAAAAUGUGGCCUACAUUGUGAAAAACAAAAGAAUCUUAAUACACAUUAUGGGCAGUUUCAACAUUAUCCAUUUGACAAGCCAAUCUCCUCAGAAGUACGAUUGCUGUUUACAUGUCCCAUUUGUCAAAAAUACUUUUAUGCAUUUCUACUUGCCAAAGCACACAUCCUGGACCACGGUUUGACUAAACCCUCUUCGUCAUAUACCCUCAACCUAGCUUACUAUAAACUUUGCGACCCAAAAGUAACUUUGCUUCCGUUAACAGAUGCAAAGGAAACAGAGACAUUAACUAAAACAAAGAAAAAAAGAGAAAGAGUAAGAGUAAGACCCCAAAAAAAGAAAAAGUCACAACUAGAUGCAGAUUGAGAUUUUAAUACUGAAAGUAGAUUCGAGACGGCAGCACGUGGAAGCAUUUCAGUGAAAAAAUAAAAACUGACUAUUUAAUUGUGA